GAUCAGUGGCCGUGAAGGUGGGUGGGGGUCAGCGGCUGUGUGGAUGAGAGUUGGGGAUGGGGGGGGACUCUGGGUCCUCCCCGGACAGGCUGACCUACCCCCUCCCAACCAGCAUGAACCCCUAUGUGGGUUUGGUGAGCAGCCUGCGCGCUGCGUGGCUCACGGGGAAGACGCGCACCGCUGAGCACCGGGUCUCCCAGCUGGAGGCGCUGGGCCGCUUCCUGGAUGACAAGAAGCAGCCUAUCCUGGAUGCCAUGGCCUCGGACAUGCGCAAGCCCCGCUUGGAAGCGGAGCUCUCUGAGGUCAUGCUGGUCAAGAACGAGGUCAACUACGCGCUCAACAACCUGUCCAGCUGGAUGAAGGACGAGUUUGUGGUGAAGAAUCUGGUUACUCAGCUCGACACGGCCUUCAUCCGGAAGGAGCCCCACGGCGUGGUGCUGAUCAUCGGGCCCUGGAACUACCCCUUGCACCUCAUCCUGGUGCCCCUGGUUGGGGCCAUCGCUGCUGGGAACUGUGUCAUCAUCAAACCCUCCGAAAUCAGCAGCAGCACUGAGAAGCUCGUGGCUGAGGUGCUGCCCAGCUACCUGGACAAGGACUGCUUUGCUGUGGUGACUGGGGGCCCCGUGGAGACCACCCAGCUGCUGGAGAACAAGUUUGACUACAUCUUCUUCACUGGCAACCCCCAAGUGGGCAAGAUCGUGAUGGCAGCUGCGGCCACGCACCUGACGCCGCUGACGCUGGAGCUGGGGGGCAAGAACCCCUGCUACGUGGCUGACGAGAGUGACAUGCAGAAUGUGGCCAACCGGCUGGUCUGGGGGCGCUGCUUCAACGCGGGGCAGACCUGCGUCGCGCCCGACUACGUGCUGUGCAGUGCGGAGACGCAGGAGAAGCUGCUGCCCGCCCUGCGCCACGCCAUCACCCAGUUCUUCGGCCCCGACCCCCGGGAGUCGCCCGACUUCGCCCGCAUCAUCAGUGACAAGCAGUUCCAGCGCAUCCGGGCCCUGCUGGGCAGUGGGCGCGUGGCCAUCGGGGGGCAGACGGACGAGAAGGAGCGCUACGUCGCCCCCACGGUGCUGGUGGACGUGCAGCCGUCGGAGCCUGCCAUGCAGGAGGAGAUCUUCGGGCCUGUCCUGCCCAUCGUCACCGUGCCCAACGUGGACGAAGCCAUCGCCUUCAUCAACAGCCGGGAGCGGCCACUGGUCGUGUACGUCUUCGCCGCUGACAGCAAGCUGGUGCACCGGGUGCUGGAGCGGACGAGCAGCGGUGGUUUUGGUGCCAACGACCCCAUAAUGCAAAUGACGCUGCUCUCACUGCCCUUCGGUGGGAUUGGGAACAGUGGGCUGGGCUCGUACCACGGCAAGUUCAGCUUUGACACCUUCUCUCACCACCGCGCCUGCCUCCUGCGCAGCAUGGGCCUGGAGACCAUGAACUCCCUGCGCUACCCACCCUACAGUGAGCGCAAAAUGGGGCUGCUAUCUUCUGCCUCCGAGAUCAAGCGCAAGGGUACCUGCGCCCUGCUGUGACGGGAGUGUCGGGCCCAGCCGCCCAGCACCGUACAACCCACAGGCUGCCUGACUGCCAUGGGGGGAGAAGGCCUGGCUGACCUUAGGAGGGUCCCUCCAAAGGGGCUAAAUAGUCUUCAUCUGACUCCUUCAUCUUCCUGGGGAGAGGGGCACAGCUUCUUCCAUCCCAUCUCUGGGAGCUCCUGCCCCUCCUAGCCCAGCCUCUUGCUUCCCCAUCUCCAGCUGCUUGGGUAGUAGGGAGAGAGCUUCCCCUGUGUCUCCGAGCUGCCCCUACCCCACUGCCCCCAUGGAGACAGAUGCUGGGAGGGGGGAAAUGCCCAGGGGGCUGCCUAGGAAUGACCCCUCCAGGCCAGGUGUCUGCCCCACCGGGGAGACAUGUAGGCCCUGUAAUCCAAGUGGUGCCCUCCCACACUGGUGCCCCCCCAGGCUGCUGCUGUGUUGCCCAGGAAGGGCAGUGCCAUCCUCUCAGUGCAUGUUUGGGGAGGGUAGGUGUCCCGGAGCCGAAGGACCCUGCUCCAAGGGGGACGAGGGCCACAGGGGCAGCAAGGGCAGCUAGCAACCCAGCCUGCUGUCAGGGAAUCACUCCUGCCUCAGACAUGCCCGCUGUGCUGGCUUAUCCUCAUUCUCCCAUCAUGCUCUGUGCUCUCUGCCCAUCGCUGCCUUUGCCCCCUGCUCUGUGCUUCGCCCUGUGUAGAUUUUGGUUUAGUAAAGACUCAGCGUUGAACUCG